AUGGUAUUUGGUAGUAAUUCGCUUAUGAAGACUAAAAGCGUGGAAAUGUCGGGUAUUAACUGUGUUUUGAAGAAUAUUGAUGGUAUUAUUGGUAUUUGUGAUAUGCUUCAGAGCUCUUAUGGGGCUGAUGGGAUGUAUAAACUAGUUGUGAAUGCCCAUCAGAAGACAAUUAUUAGUCGAUCGGUCGCUUCUAUCUUAUCAGGAUGUGAUAUUGAGCACCCAGCCCUGCGGAUGCUAGUGGAGCCAGUUGCCCACUUGGCUCAACUUGGGGAUUGUACUGGUUUCUUUAUGGGCGUACUAGGAGAGGUACUAAAGAAGAGUGCUCUGCUGAUUGAGCAGCAGGUUUUACCCACUGAAAUUGCUAGUGGUUUGCGAGAUACCUUAGCCGAUCUCUCUGAAGUUUUUGAUAAGGUUUCUGAGAAAGUAGAGUUUUCCCUAACUGAUAAGGAUGUUUUAGCUAAAGUAACUAGUGGAAUUCUUAAAGAGGGAAAACUGGCCGAUUUACUAUCAGAGGCCAUUGCCGGGAUUAGUAAAAAUGGAUCUUUUGCUUUAGAUAGUGUUCGUGUAACUAAGGUAGAUACGGGAUCAAUGGAAGAUUCCGAGCGUUUACCAGGUAUGCUUUUAGAGAUAGCCCCGGCUGGCACUGUUGAAAUGGGCCAGAAUUUAAAGACGGCGAUUUAUACCUGUCCUCUAGCAAUGAGUAAUUUAGAGACUAAGGGAACUGUUCUGUUCAAGAAUGCCGAAGAAUUAGCUAACUAUGCCCGCGAUGAUGAGAGCACAGCUAGUGAAUUUGUUGACUCAAUAACGGCCAAUGGUGUAGGCCUGCUUGUUUGCAGUGGAUCCGUCGACCCUUUGUUACUAGACUUCCUGAAUGCCAAGGGAGUGGCUGUACUGAGUGUCCACAGUAAGUUUGACUUGCGAAGAUUGUGUCUUCUCUUUGGCGGGCGCUUUUCACACACGAUGCGGCCUAUGGAACCGGAAUUUUUAGGAGUGUGCAACUCUUUGGAGAUCUGUACAUAUGGCGAUAGGCGGUACACUAAAAUCACUGGACCCGGUCGAGUGAACACCCUAGUAGUGCGUGGCUCUCUACCAGCCCGUUUGGAAGAGAGUGAACGUCUAAUUGGCAAGGCUACUUAUGCCCUGCAAACAUGUGCUAAUGAAUCCAUGCGUACAGGUAAGCUACGUCUGCUUGCCGGUGCAGGUAAAGGCGAAGAGUUGUUAGCUGCUCAGAUCAAGCAAGUAGUAGCUGAUAAGUCAGAUGCACAAAAGAUUGCUGGCGGAGUAAUUGCCGAUGCCAUGAAGACCGUUGGAGCCCGAUGCCAGGCCCCAGACUAUCCCGUGUAUGACAUAGCUGCCAUUAAGCAGCGAGCUCUUGAGUACGCUCUGAUUUUAGCGGCCGAUAUUCUAAGUGUCACCCAAAUGUUUAUCACCAAGAAUGAAGAUGCCCUCCAGGCGCCCAAACGCCCGGGCCACUGGGAUGACUAUGACUAA